AUGCCUCGUGAUGUCACAAAUCCGUUCAGCUCCCAUGUCGCUGGAGCAAAAGGCUAAUUCUCUUGAGCGCAGGGUCGAUGGUCUCGUUGCAGCAGGCGGUGACUUCGCUAUCCCUGUCCUCGCAGCCAUCAGUUCUAGGCUUGAUGUUUUCCCUCCUGUUAAAAGCGCCACCAGUGGUGCCCUCUUCAUCUUCAACCAGGUCAAAGAAUCUCAAGAAAACAAGGAAACGUGGGCAAGCUUUGGCAAAUAUGUAGUGGACGUCGUGGCAGAUGCAGUUAUAUCAACUAAAUCCUAUGCUCGAUGCGCUGGAGAAGUCAAGCCGUGGGCGGAGAGCAUCACGAAACUCAACGACGUGCUGCAUGAGAUUACGUAUCAGAUGAGAGCGGAAAUGGUGGGACCGUUGGCUAUCAUGAAUCCAUCAUUGGACUUGAGGGAAAGACUGAGGAAAUAUCAGACGAUCUCAACAGUCAGUCUCACAUCGUCUGGCAAAGAAAACUUCCAAGACCAUCCAGCUUGCAGGCAGUGGGACGAUCUAGUCUUCAGUCAGCUCCUCUACCCCCGUGAUGCUCAUCACGAUCCGAGAAAGCACAGAGGAUAGCGAGACGCGUAUGAUGCUCCUGACCGCCGUAGCUGGUGCUGGGAAAACGGCGAUUGCCCACUCAAUCGCGGAACGAUGUGUGAGAGAAGGGAUACUGUUGUCAAGUUUCUUCUUCAAAGCGG